AUGAAAUGCAUCACUGAUCAUCGUCGAGGAAGAAAACCCGGGACUCGAAGUAUUUCCAAGCGCAAAGCGCAAAGCUCAACGGCACCGAUUACUUCGUCGCCUCCGCUACAACCCGUACAGACUGGAAACAGGAGUGGACAGACACAGACGAUUCAACGAAGUCCAGACUGGGGCAGCGGAAGCCUUCAGCCCGCCGGUCUGUUCAACCGUGCAGCAACGCGCGGCAGCUUUUCGCUGGGAAGCAUAUUGAAUGCUUCAGAUUCGACUAUUUCAGAGGCACAGCAUGAAGAGUCGAGGGUUCCGUUAGAUGAUCCAAUCCAACUCGGCCUCCUCAAUUCUUCCAUCGCAUCGUCAUUGUUCGAAAACUUCAUGGAUUCUCUCAAUCCUUAUAUAAGUCAAUUAGAUCCAUGCCUGCAUACUUUUAGCCGGAUCCGACAAGAUUCUUCGUUCCUUCUCACAGCAAUUCUAGCUGCGGCUGCAAAAGCCUUCAACCCAGCGCUGUAUAGAAAGCUUCGUGAUCAUGCCGAAAAUAUUCUUGCGAGCACUUUCCGGAAAGGAACAAAGUCAGUUGAGACUGCACAAGCGGUUAUGAUCUUGACAUAUUGGAAAGAGUCUGAAGACACCCGUGCCUGGAUGCUCUUAGGUUAUGUGAUCAGGAUGGGCAUGGAACUGGGAUGGCAUCGGCUGGCUCCAUAUUCCGUUGCACAACCAAACGCAGCAACAGACUUGGAUAGACGCCACGCCCGGAACGUCGAAAGGACUUGGCUUAUUCUCUUUGUAUACGAUCGGAGCAUGAGCUUGCAGACAGGAAAGCCCUGGAUGAUUGAGCGAAGUGAGUUUAUCGAGUCCAUUGAGACAUGGUGCAAAGAUUCAAUAGCCACUCCUGGCGAUCGCCUGCUCGGUGCGCUGGUUACCCUGCGACUGUUGAGCUCAGAGGUUUUCAGGCUACUAGGACCAAGGUCGAGUAGAGUUCGUGCAAGACAGUUGCAUAGCCUCGAAUCUCUCCUUGUAAUCAUCAAAAGCAGAAUUGAGGAAUGGGAGUCGAGGUGGCUCAACGUAGCUGACACAGACGGUUGCCAUCCCUUUCUGAUCCAGUUUUAUGGCACCCAUCUGAGGUUGCAGCUAUUCUCUUUGCCCUUACAAGAUAUUUUGGCACAUUCUGAUCAGAACAUGACAAACCAUAUGGAGGCUCUUUGGGUCAGCUACUCGAGUGCCCUGGAGAUGCUGCAUCUCAUCUGCCGUCAUUCUUCGUGGCUAUACUUUGCCCAGGACUCUGUUCACGUCAUGACUGCUUAUAGUGCAGCAUUUUUGAUUAAGCUCAUGUUAUCCACAUCCCAUUCAAUUUCCAGUCAAAUCCAACCAGCUGUUCAAAAUGCGAUCUCAGGUGCCGCCUUAGUUUUCUCCCAACAAGCCGCCCCCCGGGGCUCGAGCUGCGCACUUCAGUCACGGUUUCUCGAUAACAUCUUGGCUAGAAUAUCCAAGCCCAUGGCCGACGCGCCCACGUCAACAGACACUCCCGAGUCUCAAGAGCAAUUUGGUGUCGGCGGGCAGGAGAUGGUGCGCGAGACUGGUUUUGCAGCUCUUGGUCGAGCUUUCAACCAGGCGGAAGGCGGACUAAGCUUGGACUUUGCAAAUGAUGAAACUUGGGUUGAACUCAUGGCUGAAGCUGGUUUCAAUGCUCAAGAUGGCGUGUUUUUUUCCUGA